AAGACUUCAACUUAUUUCAGCAUGGCUGAUUGUGCAAGCAACGACAAGUUUAGAACGUCAAGUAACUUACACCGAGCAUCCAACAACAACCGCACAUCAAGUUUUUACAGCUCUGCAAUCCUACUCAACUGUAUCAAAGGCAUUGGACGCGUCUAUGAAGGAACCAGUAACGGCUCGAUCUCCAGAUGUAGCUUCACAGGUAGACCAGCAACGGCGAUAUCAACCAGCAAUACUUGUGGUCGAUACAAGUAACACAACUGUGGCUACACACAAUCAGACUGCAUCUCUAGAAACGUUUAAUGUUGCGUCUGAAAACAGCUCCACCGGAAAACAACAGCUAGUAAGUUUACAGUCUCACAAGAGUUCUAAAGAGCAGCCUGCAUCAGCGUCCUUAGAUAGUCCCAGUGGACAAUCAAGAAAAGAAGCAGAUCAAGAAACGUCAAUUUUAAGAGCGACAGAACAGAAGACAACGGUCGUACCUGAUAUGUAUUUGGCCCCUAGAAUACAACCAACAACUUUAUUGACUCUUAAAAAUACAACUCAGUUACAAACAACAGUUUCAUCCUACGCUAUUGCGACCAAUACAGCGGUGAAUUCUACCACUGAGCAUGUUCAAGACGACGACACUCCAAGGCUGAUAUCCCUAAUACAACAGGCACAUGCAAUCCUGGAUCAUCAAAAUAUAAAUAGUUUGCCAAAGAAUAGCUCCUAUGAAGAGCAGAUACCUACGCCUUCAAGCACCGCUGAAGAGCAAGAAACGGCUGUGCCUAACGCGCUUUCAACUCCACAAUAUCAAACGACAAAUCCAGUUUCACACAACAGUUACGCUGAAAAAUUAUUAACAUCAGUUUUUGGAACAUCAACAACCUUGGCAUCAGUACACCGAACUAAGCAGCAGACAACAACAGAAGCACAACCACAGUUCCAAGUAGAUUUCCAACCGGUCCCCUUACCAGCUGUUAUCCUUCGAGCACCAGAGCCAAUAACAACUGAGGGUUCUGUUGUUAAUUCCGUUGAAGAACAUAAAUCUAUUCAUUCGAGCACUGCUGAAGUGCAAGCAACUUCUGUGACUAACGUACAUCCAACUCCACAAUAUCAAACGACGAAUAUAGUACAAUCAUUACCUUUACAUCCUCGAAACAGUUAUACAGAGCAGUCAAAGAUGUUUGAAUCUCAGCUGAAUCCAUCUCCACAGAUUGCGUCUUUGAUUGCUGGUGAGCCAUUAUCGUCAGUGGACCAGGUAAAUUUAACCCAGGAACAACUAAAUAUCACAUCCUAUGGGCAACCAAGGCCAACAACUAGUACACCUCAUGAAGUUUCCUUUAACAAAAUCUCAUCUUUGUUACCCCAAAAUACUUCCAUUGGGCAGAAAAUAUCAUCAUUGGACCAGCCAGCCACAUCCUUGAGACAUCAAAACACCAUUUCUCUAGCUCAAAAUAAGUCCUUUGAACAAACCAAAACCCUUACAUCCUUCAACGGUUACCCUUUAGAGCUUCAUUCCUCUAUAUCUCAAAACAUUUACCCUAGUCGCCCAUUAUCACCAGUGGUGCAGCUACAUUCAACUCUGGAACAAAAAAAUAGCACUUCUCUGGUUCAAAAUAGUACCCAGUACGGCAAGCCAAUAACCGUUACUCCACUCAAAGGUUCUUCUGCCAAUCUUCCAUCUUUGACACUUCAAAACAAUUCAACUACUCAGCCAUCAUCGGUAGUGGAUCAGGUGACUUCAGCACAGGAACAACGCAAUAACACCUCUCUCACUCAAACUAAAUACCAUGGGCAAUCAGUGACAGUUAAACCCUACGAAAGUACCCUUGCCAAGGUUCAGACCAUGGUUUCUUCAAACAGUUCCUCUCUACAACCAUUAUUAUCAGUGGAAAAGCUAACUUUACCUAUACAAAAACAAAAUUUCACAUUUAUGGUUCAAAAUGGUUCCAAUGGACAGCCAACAACUGUUUCAUCUCAUUAUACUUCCUCUGCCCAACUUUCUUCAAGGAAACGUCAAAACAGCAUUUUGGAACAGACAAAUGAACCUUACGUAAACUCAACUCCAAAACUACAACCACUGCCUUCACUGUUUCAAAAUGAUUCUGCUGAACAGUUAGCAACAACUUCAACUAAGCCGUAUUCUACUAUAAAGUUAGCAUCUUUGAUUACAAAAGAUAAUUACACUGAGCAGCCACUAUCCAUUAUGCACCAGGGAAAUACAACUUAUGAGCAGCAACCUACAGCGCUGAUAUAUGGUGGAAAACCAACAACCGAUUUAUUUGACGUUGGCUCAAAGGUACAAAAUGCAACUCUGAUACCUUACAAUGGCAAUACUGAACAUAUUUCAACUUCUGCGUCUCGGCAAAAUCUUUCGAUCAAACUUUAUUCGUUGAUUCUCCAAAGCAAUUCCGCUGAACAACCGUCACCACCUGUUCAUCAAACAAAAUUAGCUGAGAAAUCCCUUUCUCAGGACAGUCCUUUUGGCUUGAAGCCAACAUCUGCCGAAUCUCAAGCGAACUCCUUUGUGCAACUGACAAUUUUUAUUCCUCAAAACAAUUCCAUUCCCAUUGAAAUACCACCAUCAGCCCUUCAUCAGACAAAGUUAGCCGUGGAGCAGAAAGUCACAACUGCAUUGCAACCAACAAAUCUUGUCUCCCAAAAAUAUUCUGCGGAACAGUCGAUGACGGUGUCAGCUUCUAUACAAUCAAAUUCCCUGCGAACAACGUUGGCUCAUAAACACACUGUUGAGCAAAAUUCAUCAGUUAUCCAUCAAGAUAAUUCGACGAUACUAAGAUCGCCAAAUAAGAACUCUUCUUGGCUUUUUGCCUCACCUGUACUUGUUGUAAAUUCCACCCUUCAGCAAAAGUUUACGUCAACGUCCACAAUUGACGACGAGUCUACUCCGAAACCUUUUACUUUACUGCCUGAAAUCAGUUCUUCAGAGCACAAAUUUAAAAGGACAAAAUUUAGCGUUCAUUCAUCUUUACAAGAGAAAAAUUCAACCAGCUUCACUGUCCAAACAACAGCAGCUUCAAGUCAAUUUUACUCAACUCAACAAUCAACAGCAAUUAUAUUGCCACUGUUACGAAAAGUGACAACUUUGCGAUUUGUCUUUUUGUUGAAAAACGUUGAUUUUGACUUUGACCUUUUCGACGACUCCUCUGCAACCUAUGAAAGUUUAGAGGCAAACGUAACAAAUGAGAUUUUAUCACGUCUUGGGUCACAUGGUGUCACGACCUUCAAGAUUCUCUCUAUGAAACCCGGAAGCGUGGAAGUAACCGCGGUCUUAAUUCUUGAAAAUGAAUACGACACACCAAAGGUUCAAGAACAAUUAAACAAGUUAAACAAGACCAGUAAAUUGGGGAAGAUAACUUGGACUGCGCUUUACUGGGGUGUGGAAGAUAAAUCUUGCAUUCCUCCAGAAGUCAGAAUAACUAAUUUACCAGAGAGAAGAGCGAGACAAUCUGCUGUUUCCAUUUUGCGUUCCAAAGAUUUUAUCAUCCAGGCUACUGUCGGAAAGGCGGAGUGUAACUCUUCACAAGCACUACAAUUUGCAUGGUAUCUAUUCAAAUAUAAGGUUAAAGCUUCAGGAAAGGUUCAGAUACAGGAUACAGUUCUCUUGGAUUCAAGAAUUACAGAGUGGACCUUACAAAAACGGACACUUGAUUACGGGCAGUACUACGUGGAUAUUAGAGCAACUUACUCAAACCAACCUUCUGUAAUAAGCAGUUCUUUAGGAUUUUUCAAAAUUAGCAAGUCUAAACUUAUCGCCGACGUUGCAGGAGGGAACAAAGUCACGAGAGGAAAGGUAAAUCCCAUUUUAUUAGACGGAUCAGCCUCCAGAGAUCCAGACGUAGAGUCUGGUAACCAUGCAUCGAUGCAUUUCACGUGGCUGUGUAAGAAACGUCAAGAGCACUUUCCCAAUGGUUCGUUGGACUCACUACCAGUGAUUAACAACUCUCUGGGUCCUGGUAGUGGUGGAUGUUUUGGAACCGGUGUUGGAAAACUAAACUCCAAUAGUUCAAUAGUGGAAUUGGACACGAGUCAGAUGACUGUUGGUGAGAUGUAUGACGUCAAGCUCAUCGUUACGAAGGAUAACAGAAUAGACGACUUCACUCAAGAAAUUAAGAUUGUCAUCGGUAAUCCACCACAAGUGACUAUCCGAUGCUUAAUUAACUGCGAGAAGAUGGCAAGCGCCUCUACAAGAAUCAGCAUCGCAACUACGUGCAAGGGAUUAGCGUGUCAGACAGCAACUUACAGCUGGCAGCUUGUCAUUGUAAAUGCCAUUGGACAUGAGCUCCCAGGAAAUAUCCUGACCCGUAACAUGACAGAGACUGAUAUGGAUCUUCCUGGUAUCAUUAUUAAAGCAAAUCAACUGCCUCCACUCGUUGUCAGUGAGUGGUUUUAUCGACUGAAAGUCUGGGUCUCGCAAGACCACGGACCCGCUGGAAAUGCAGCUUAUCAAUUCAGAGUGAACGCUCCGCCAAGCUCCGGAAAUUGCACUGUGACUCCGAAGAGUGGACAGGCGUUGAAGACGGCAUUUUCAUUUUUAUGCUCUGGUUGGCAGGAUCCACACCAACCUCUGACGUAUCAGUUUCAUUACAAAACGGACCAUGGCUUGUACACCGUCGUGCAAUACGGGUCUACUGAUCACGUGUCAACAGUGCUUCCCUCGGGAAAGAGAAAUGGUGGAUAUAUCAUUGAUUUUGAAAUUUUGAUAACAGACAGUCUGUCGGCUUCCAGCAACUAUGUUCUCCACGUAAAGGUCGAGCCACCGCCUGCUAACGACAGUCUCAGUGGACUCGCAGUUGGAAACAAUAGUCAGUUUAACACUUUGGUCAAAUCAGGGAAUAUUAUAGGUGCUACACAACUAGCAAAUGCUGUGCUAGGAACAGUCGAGGAAUCAAAUUCUACGUCGACCGAGGACAAGAUAGAGAUCAAAGACUCCAUUGUGCGAAGUGUGUCAAAUAUUCAAGUAAACAAUCUACAAUCCUUGACUCAAGUGACGUCUGUGAUCGCACGAGCCACACUGGAACCGAGUGAGGUGACAUUUGAUACACAGGAUCUUGCUCUGCAAACCUUAAGAUCCAUGACGUCAUUGUUACGAAGCAAGACCAAAGAAGAUUACGGUUCAGAGUCUGUCUUAGUUGAACAAGGCGGGGAGAACCUGGUACUGAGUCUGGGUAACAUUCUUAACUCUGCUGCUCAGAAGGCAAGUGUGAUCGAAAGGACAGCGGAGACAUCGGAAAUACGAUCCAAGAGUGAAAAUGUCUCGAAAGACACAGCGAAGCUUAUCGAUGAUGUAAGCGUUGCUCUCCUAUCAAAAAUGUUAGUGGACCAGGAACCCAACCGCGUGCAAACACAGUCCUUGAGCAUGGUGCUCAACAGACUUAGUCCCAAAUCACUGGAAACAGCGACAAAUUUUACUGACGAUCCUUAUUCAGGAGAGUUCAAAUUUUCUUUUAACGCCAUAACCGACGAGAGAGCGAGAGAUGCUGAGUACAUCGACAGUGUGAUGACUCUGAGUACAUUCAAUCCUUUCACGUGGGACGACAGUGCAGCCCGUGUUAAUUCUAACGUCCUCAGCUUGACCAUCAAAAACCACGAAGGUCAGACUUUAUCAGUGAAAGAUAGUAACGAAUAUAUCGAGAUGAAGAUUCCACGUGAGGGCAAUUUUCUGCCCGAAGGAAGUGGCUUGUAUUUUACUAAACCCAGCAGUGAAGGAAAGAUGCAAUACCAUGUAGUGAGUUUGCAGCAUGCGGACGGUAACGCUGUGAGAUUUCGAAUCAAACCAAGUAAAGGCAAAGUCAUCUUCAAAGUAUUCGUGAGAUAUGGCCGGCGACCAACUGUCACAGAGCAUGAUGUAUCAAGGCAAAUUCCGCAUCCUUCAUGCUUGAAGUCCUCCCAAGAUUCUUACAGCCAUUGCAGGAAUGAUGCGUACGACGUCCUUUUGUUACCUGACAAGGUGAACAAACCAGGGAAAUACUAUAUUGGCAUACUGUACGAAAAUUAUGAAGGAGAACUUCCGAGUCGACGAAAGAAGCGAUCAUGUUCCGGAGGGGGCCGCCAAAAGAGAUCAUGCGUGGAGGUUAAAGAAGCACCAAGACCUGAGAACAUCACGGUAAAGCCAGUUUAUGACCCAAAGACAGACGUAAACUACUCGUUGAAUCUGGUGGAAGAAAACUGUCUGUUUUGGGACAGUAUAGAAGAACGCUGGUUAUCAAGGGGAUGCAAAGUAGGCCCAGGUUCAGAGGUUUCAUCCUUACAUUGUUUGUGUAAUCAUCUGACGUCAUUUGGUGGAGGUGUCCUAGUGAUGCCGAACAAGCUAGAUUUUGAUGUAGUCUUCUAUGAACUCACGCGCCUCCAUGAGACUGGAAAUGUUGCCGUCCUUGUCACAAUAAUUGCAGUACUGCUAUUGUACUUUUUAGUGGUAGUAUUUGCAAGGAAAUAUGAUAGACAAGAUAAGGCCAAAAGUGGUCCAGUUUUCCAUCUACUUUCUUGUCAUGAGGCAAAUGACUUUGAGUACCAACUGACAUUGGCCACGGGAGUGUGGAAGAAUUCUGGGACUGAUGCUCGUAUCGUUAUCAUCAUUCAUGGGAACGAGGCGCAGAGUGAACCUCUGAUAUUGCACAAGAGCACAAUAGACUCAAGGACGUUGUUGGCGCGUGGAAACGAGGAUACAUUUAGGAUUCACCUGCCAAUGUCACUGGGUGAAAUUGAAUACAUUCGCAUAUGGCAUGAUAAUUCGGGAAGAGAUCCUUCAUGGUUUCUAAGCCAUGCGAUUCUCCUGGAUCUUCAGACGGGUAGAAAAUGGACAUUUUUUUGCAACGAUUGGUUUGCGCUGGAGAAAGGGGACGGUAAAAUAAACAGAAUUUUAACUCCUGUUGGUUCGCAGGAGAUGCAGACGUUUAGUUAUUCUUUGCGAUCGCAAGGCUCCAGAGGUUUUUCCGAUGGACACAUUUGGCUUUCGGUUGUUACUAAGCCACCGAGGAGUAAAUUCUCACGUGUCCAAAGAGCUUCUUGUUGCCUUUGCAUACUGUUGUCUGCGAUGUUAGCAAAUGCCCUGUUCUACCGGGCGGACAAAGAGCCAGAUCCAACUCUACAAAUUGGUCCGUUAAAAUUCAGCUGGAGACAAAUAAUGGUGGGAAUUGAAAGCGCCCUGAUAAUAACUCCAGUAAACUUAAUGAUUAUGACAUUUUUCAAGAGGAGUGGCGAGAAAACUCCAAAUAAAGUCGACGUGGAAAAACCGAAAAACAGUCCUGCUCCCUUUUGUGACAAGUUGUCAACUACCAGUUCAGGGGAUAUUCACGACAUUGAUGUAACGCUAAACGAAAAGAGGUCUUACUUUGAUAAAAACUCCCAAAGUCAGACUGAUGCCAAGAAGAAAUUUAUGCUCCCUCACUUCUUUAUCUACGUUGCUUGGUUUUUGGUCCUUGUUACUGUUUCUGUGUGCGCCGUUUUUACGUUCUUCUUCAGCUUGCAGUGGGGAAAGGAUAUUUCAAACCAGUGGCUUUCCUCAAUGUUUGUAUCUUUCACCCAAGACCUAUUUGUCCUACAGCCUUUGAAGAUAUUGCUUAUCAUGGUGUUAACAGCUUCUUUGUUUCGCGAUAAAAAUGAAACUGAAACUGUCAGCUACAAUAGUGAAGAGAAACUGCAAUCACAAAUAAAAUCUCACGGCGGCAAUCAGAGUGUUAAAGUAGAGAUGCCAAAAGAGGAUGACCUCAUACUUGCAAGAGAGAACAGCACAAAGGAGGCAAAGAUGUUUUCCUUUUUGAGGGAGCUUCUUGGAUACCUUCUGUUUCUCUUUUUGCUUAUAAUUGUGUGUUACGGUAGCAGAAGUUAUCACGGAUAUCUCAUGACUAUGGAUCUAAAAGAUACACUUGGCAACUUUUCUUUGGCUUACGAUCCUCCGUAUUUCUGGAAAUGGCUCGACAUUCAGUUUGUGGAUGGUGUCUACGGCAGCAACUGGUACAACAACGACAAAAUCAAAAAGCAAGAGUACAUUGGUAACAAGAUGUCUAUUCUCUUAGGAAUGCCUCGCUUGAGACAACUAAGAAUAAAGAAAGAUUCUUGCAUUGUUCCAAGGAUAGUACGAGACAUCAUAAACAGGGGCUGCUACGACCUCUAUAAUUUCGAUGAAGAGGAUAAAACUCCUGCAAACCUUCCAGGCUGGGAACCCUUCAGUGGUUCUGUAGAAUGGGCAAAUUUUUCCCAGCUAUGCCCGGUACCAUGGCAAUAUGUGCCAAACGAGGAACUCUCACCGAGCUGGGGUUACUUCGAUGUUUAUGACGGAGGUGGUUAUGUUGCAGAUCUAGGCUACAAUAGCAGUACAGCUCAGGCAGUCAUCUCCGAAUUGAUAGAAUACGGUUGGAUCGACCGGCAGACCCGCGCCGUCCUACUUGAGUUCACUAUCUAUAACCCUAACACGGGCUACCUAAUCAUUUCAGCGUAUCAUUUUGAAAUAUUGCCCACAGGGUAUGGCUAUCCUUUUCCAAAGAUAGACACUCUUCUGCUGACAAGUACUGAAACAGGCUUUUACGAGUUUUAUCUGAUUUGUCAGUUCUUAUUUAUCAUGAUGGCAUUCGUCUUUUUCAUCGUAGAGAUGUACAAGCUAUAUCUAGCUAAGUGGACUUAUUUAGGAGAUGUGUGGAACUGGGUGGAAAUUCUACGAAUAUUUUUGUCGGUACUGGUCGUGGUAUUCUACAUAAUUAAGUCAAAGCUGAUGCUUAAACUCGCUGCUAUUGUGAAGGAAAACCCAUUUGCCACCGUUAGCUUUGGAGAAGCCGUUACCUGGAGCCAUGCAGAAACCACUGCUUUAGCCAUUGCAGCUUUCCUCACAACCUUGAAACUUCUACACAUAAUUCGCUUUAAUCAGCACGUCUCCAUAAUGAUGUCCUCAUUUCGCGUUUGUAGGAGUUUAUUGUUGUCCUAUUCUGUGAUUUUUAUCAUUAUUUUUGUCUCAUACGCUCAGAUGGGGAAGCUGGCAUUCGGCGACCACAUUCAUGGUUACUCAUCAGUCUACAAUGCAUUGUUUUCUGAAGUUAUCAUGUGCCUUGGCGGCCAAAUGAGAUUUCAUGAGUUAAUAGGAGUUCAUCGCUUUUUGGGUCCUUUAUACGGUAUUUCCUUCCUUGCUCUGAUGUCCUUCAUUUUUAUGAACUUUUUCGUGGCAAUUUUGAACGAUUCUUUUGAAGACGUCAAAAGCAACACUGAUAAACAAUCCAAAGAAUUUGAGAUGGCUGAUUUUAUACUAGAGAGAGUGUGUGAUAUGUUAGGAAUUAGCAAGCGAGGGAAAGAUGCGGGUCAGAAUGCCUCAGUGAGGGAGGAUGACGCAGCUUCUACCAAUUCCCAGGAUAACUUCGAUUUUCCUCUAAGAGAAACGUCCGAGGAAAGCGGCUCAAAACCUAACGAAAACCUGAGCGCCAAAGUUAAGCAGACAGCCAUUAAAAAAUCCCCAUCACAGCAUUUGGCAACCAAGUUAGAGUUCGAGAGACCGAUUAGGCCAAAAUCUUCAAAAAGAACGCCCGAAACACCCGAAAAGGUUUCUUCAAGUGAGCUUGAUUUGGAUUCUUCAUUAGAACAGCUGUUUGAAAGGAUUGGUGUGUUGGCCGGUGAUCUCGCUAUGGAUGAUGAACAACAGGAUGCAAAAUUGCUCAAUGUGAUCAGCCAGAUCCUUAGAAACAAUCAUGAAAUUCCAUGCCAAAGAACGUCAUCUAAACUACGUCAGAUCGAAGAGUCUUACUCGGUACCAAUCACUUCACAAGACAACACUGAAUAUAACAGGAGCAGUGAGUCAAAGAAUUCUUCCGAGGAUGAAAUUAUGAAAUUUAUUAGACGCAGAUCAACUCGCGAGCUACCAAUCCACUUAAAAGUCGGAAGUUUUUACCAUCAGCCUCAAAAUAAUCGAACCGGUGGUAAAUAAGAAAAAUAGGCUAAUCAAUUGUGCUGUAAAAUUGUGUUUUUCAUGGAUAUAUAUUUAGCUUAUCUCCAUCUCAAGAAGAGCUCCAUUAACAAAGGUGUUAAACGUAUGAACGAAAGUUAUAAGAAUUAAACCAUUAAUUUCUCAACAUCUAUUCUGAGUGCACAAGCGUAAGGAUCAGUACAGUGCCUCUUUUGAAAACCAGUCUCGCUUGAACUACAUUUUCCAUUUUUCGUCUAAGAGGGGGAAUUUUGUUAAUUAUUAUGACUAUGUAGAAAGAUUGUAUAGGAUUUAUCGACGCACCAAUUAAUAAAUUCUAAUAAAACCAUA